AUGGCCUCGUCCUCAUCCUCGGGGACCUCAUGUCCACCAUCAUCAUCAGCGGUCACCAUACCGGUCCCAGGAAAAUCCAUCCUGAAGCGUCCACCACCAGUCCAACAGUCUCUCUUCUCUCGCAUCACUCGAUUUCUUCCAACCCCGAACCAACCUCAGCCUGCCAGCGAUGAAGAUGUUAAACCACUGAAGAGGGCCCACUUCAUUCUGCCUCAGAUUGCUGUCGUAUACCCUAUAUCUUCUGUCAAUCCACCGUCGACCCCAACGCUCAAGGAAGAGAAGAGGGCGAUAGAGGAAAGGGAGCAGGAGCGGAGGAAAAGGGUUGUCCGAGGGAGUCCCAGCAGCCCUGGAGGUCAAGAUGCAGAAGAAUGGUGGUCUAUGGACAAAGUAGAGUCGUUUUAUAGGGAAUGCUGCGCUGGUUGCGACGAAGAACCUGAUCCAGCGAUCACCGUCGCUCUCAAGCAUGCAUCCCCUGGAACCCCUCGAACAGUUGAUUUUUCUGGUGUUCAGCUAACCUUUACUUCAGCAUCCAUUCUUUCUGAUGUCUUUUCCAUCGAGUGGGGUCUGCGCAAGUUGGUAUUCAGGGAGUGUGAUUUAGACGACCACAAAAUCAAGCCAAUUUUACAUGCACUCCUUAUACCAGGGACCCUCUCAUUCCUGUCAGUCGCGUCAAACCGCAAAUUGAAAGCUGCGGCCUUCCGUCUUAUUGGCGCAUAUGUUAAAAAGGCCAAAACUCUACAAUUCCUGGAUCUUUCUCAAAAUGCCCUUGAUAAGAAGUCCGUGGAGUACAUUGUUGCAGCCUUAGAAACGGCCCCUGAGCCUGGCCUUGUAUCUUUGCGCCUCGAUGACUGCUCGUUGCGGCCAGCAGCUUUGGAAACUCUUUGCCGGGCUGUUCGCACUUCAUCCUUACGCAACAUCUCGCUCCGACACAACCACAUAUCUGUCAGCGGCGGCGUGGCCCUAGCUCUCAUGAUACGAGAUUACCCUGACAUUGUACCAAACCCACAAUCCCCCUCAACAACGAGUGGGACCUAUACACCGUCCUCCUCCGCUACUUCAUCUCCUACAAUCUCAGUAUCAAGCCUCUCUUCCUUAACGUCUCCUCCAUCCACACCAACAAUCGGUUCAAAUGGUCCAGUACCUACUAAGCCCCCUGUCCCUCUUCCACCUCCACGCCAUCCAACGACGGUCGGUAUGCAAACAACAUACACACCCUAUGUACCGAAGGCAAGGCGAGGACGAGCUCCUCCCACCAUCGCAGUCAAUCCACUCUCACCGACGGGCCAGCACGUUCCAAUCAUCACGUCAUCUUCGCAGGGAGGCGUAACGACGCGCCAUCCACCGCCACCUGGUGCACCUGGUUCAAACUCACACCAUGACGCUGGGCCUAGCGCCGCUUUGUUGGAUAAAGUCAGAGCCCUGGACUCGCUCCCUCGGUUAGGUGCUCUUAGGACGCUUGAUCUGAAGGGAAAUGACUUGCGGAAUGGCGUUACAUAUUUGGCUCAAGUGCUAAAACGCAACCGAACAUUGAAGGUGCUCAAUCUCAGUGAAAAUAAGCUUGACGUACAGUGUCUUGUGAGCAUUGCGGAGGCUUUGAAAUACAACUCAAGCCUCGAAACUCUGGAUCUGAACAAGAAUCCUUGUUCAGGACCAGGCUUGGAAGGAAUCCAAUCACUGCGAACGGCGUUUACACUCAAUACUGCUCUCAAGAGGCUAUUCUUAUCAUCCACUUCAAUGACCUCGGACGGAGCCAUUGCGCUCGCAGAGUUCCUUCCAGAGUCGACCUCACUCCUUCACCUUGAUUUAACGAUGAACAAUAUCGACAUUGCCGGUGUGAUGGCCUUGAGCUCGGGACUGAAGGCAAACCACGUCAUGCGCUGCCUGGAUCUGAACAUCCCGCCUGGUGACGAGGAGUUUUCACGGGAGAUUCUGAAUUCGUGUGUUCGCAACACGGAGGAGGCGGAGCGGCUGUCGAAGUCUACGGAAGGCUCUGCAAAGGCGAGCGGGAGAGGGAUGGGUAAAGGUGUCUGGGGUAUGAUUGAAGAGAGCGAGCUCGCGAAGUCAAUCAGACUGGGAGAAGAAAAGAAGAAUGAAGCGGAUGUCGUCGUUCGAGCCUGGGCCCAUGUGUCGCAGCUGAGCAAUCUCCUUGCGCCUGACAUGUCCCAGUCACCUACGACACCAAAAGCAUCUGUACCUCCAAAAGAACUGGUCUCAAACGCGAAAAACGUCGCUGCCGAGCUGGCCACCAUGAUCCAAGAAACUGAAGAUCCUUCACGGCUAGAAGAACUUCUAGGCAUUAACGACCAGCUUCUUUCUCUGCUAAAAAAGGUUCCAGGCGGCACCAGACCGAACUUGUUCUUGCAAGGUCUUGGGCUUUCACUCGACAGCGCGCAGAAUUCGGAAGACGAUGGCGACGGAAGGUUGGACGGACUGCCCCACAUCAAUGGACGAGCGAUGAACGGACGCACUCACGAUUCCUCCGAUUCGAGUAGCAUGACUAGCCUUGAUGAGGACUCGCAGACGCCUACGACACCGAAAGUGGAUAAGGGCAAGCGGAAGGCUGAGCCUGAACCCGAAAAGCUCGAGCCAGUGCUUAGCCCGACAACAUUCCGCAUCUCUGAGUCAGAGAGCGAGGAUGAAGAUGGGGUGCGAUAUGUUCGAAUUGGAGAAGUAACUUCUCCUACGGAUAGGUCUCGUAGCUGGGUAGAGGAAGAAGGUGAGGUUUUCAGGAAGGGCCAAGUACUCCUUGGACCAGAAGAGAUGGAAGGGGAGUACGCUGGAGAGGAAUUGCGGAAAGAACUCCUUGAGGCAAUGGUAGAACGUCCACCGCCUCGACCCCUCACUGACGAGUUUGGAGUUGAAAUCGUCAGCGGGAUGCCAGACCCAAACUUGCCUGCGGGCACCGGCGACAGGUCUCCUCGCACACCGACGCCUUCGUCACCGAUAGUGACAGAAAACUCAAGCCCGAAGCCACCACCGAGACCAUACAUCUCACGCAGCAAAUCCGCUACCAACUCGCUUCUCAGCCUCAUAUCACCCACAUUAUCAUCACCAUCGACUGAACGUGUAGACAUGCUGCCGAGCCCUGCUUCUGCGGUUUCUGAAUCUGGAUUCCCUAGCCCUUCGUUAAGCGGAAGCCGGCCGUCCAUAUCAAGGAGUCAUUCCUCUCCAACCACCCCCACAACUGGGUCGUAG